CCGCGAGUCGCGGUGCUCCAAGCGGCGCUGAGUAGAGCAGAGCACCGUUCUGCCGUCGCGGCAGCUUCUUCAUCCUUCUCUCUCCAACCAUGGGGUUCCUUAGAGGGCCUCUUGCGUCCCUCCUCCUCCUACUCCAGGCACAGGUUUGCUGGCUGCCGUGCGCGGCUUCGGAGCCGUGCCGGGUGGGCUUCGGGGAGUCUGAAGUGACCUUGGAGGUAGGAGGCAAGGAACCAGAGCCCGGCCAGGCGAUGAGAAAAGCUUUCCCGGGCUGCCCUGAGGAAGAACUGGCCUUGCUCGGCACUGAUGACGACGUCACUGUGCUGAACAGGGGAGCAGUCCAGGAAAGGAAAGCAUUGAAGAUCUCCCAAUCCAAACGCAUCUUACGAAGACGCAAGAGAGAAUGGGUGGUCCCACCAAUAUCUAUCCCUGAGAAUGGCAAGGGUCCCUUCCCCCAGAGGCUAAAUCAGCUCAAAUCUAAUAAAGACAGGGGCACCAAGAUUUUCUACAGCAUCACAGGGCCUGGAGCAGAUAGCCCCCCUGAGGGUGUCUUCACCAUAGAGAAGGAGACAGGCUGGUUGUUAUUGAAUAAGCCACUGGACCGGGAAAAGAUCGCCAAGUAUGAGCUUUUUGGCCAUGCUGUGUCAGAGAAUGGUGCUUCAGUGGAAGAGCCCAUGAACAUCUCCAUCAUCGUGACCGACCAGAAUGACCACAAGCCCAACUUCACCCAAGCUGUCUUCAGAGGGAACGUCUUGGAGGGCGUACUCCCUGGUACUUCAGUGAUGCAGGUGACAGCCACGGAUGAGGAUGAUGCCAUCAACACCUACAACGGGGUGGUCGCCUACUCCAUCCAUAGCCAGGAACCAAAGGACCCGCAUGACCUCAUGUUCACUGUCCACCGGAGCACAGGCACCAUCAGUGUCAUUUCCAGUGGCCUGGACCGUGAGAAAGUCCCUGAAUACACACUGACCAUCCAGGCCACAGACAUGGACGGGGACGGCUCCACCACCACAGCCGUGGCAAUAGUGGAAAUCCUUGAUGCCAACGACAACGCUCCUGUGUUUGACCCCCAGAAGUAUGAAGCCCGAGUGCCAGAAAAUGCAGUGGGCCAUGAGGUGCAGAAGUUGACAGUGACUGAUCUGGACGUCCCCAACUCACCAGCAUGGCAUGCCAACUACCGCAUUGUGGGAGGUGACAGUGGGGACCAUUUUAUCAUCACCACCCACCCUGAGAGCAACCAGGGCAUCUUGACAACCAGGAAGGGUUUGGAUUUUGAGGCCCAAAACCAGCACACCCUAUAUGUAGAAGUGACCAAUGAGGAUCCCUUUGUGGUGAAGCUCCCAACCUCCACAGCCACCGUAGUGGUCCAUGUGGAAGAUGUGAACGAGGCCCCUGUGUUUGUCCCACCCUCCAAAGUCGUCGAGGCCCAGGAGGGUAUCUCCAUUGGGGAGCCUAUCUGCAUCUACACUGCACAGGACCCAGACAAGGAGGAUCAAAAGAUCAGCUACCACAUCUUGAGAGACCCAGCAGGAUGGCUAGCAAUGGACCCAGACAGUGGGCAGGUCACUGCUGCAGGCGUCCUAGAUCGUGAGGAUGAGCGGUUUGUGAGGAACAAUGUCUACGAAGUCAUGGUCUUGGCCACAGACAAUGGAAACCCUCCCACCACUGGAACAGGAACCCUUCUCCUAACCCUUACUGACAUCAACGACCAUGGCCCGAUUCCUGAGCCCCGUGAGAUCACCAUCUGCAACCAAAGCCCUGUGCCUCAAGUGCUGAACAUCACGGACAAGGACCUGUCCCCCCAUUCUUCCCCUUUCCAGGCCCAGCUCACACAUGACUCAGACAUCUACUGGAUGGCAGAAGUCAAUGAAAAAGGAGAUACAGUGGCCUUGUCCCUAAAGAAGUUCCUAAAGCAAGACACGUACAAUGUACACCUUUCUCUAUCUGACCAUGGCAACAAGGAGCAGCUAACAGUGAUCAGUGCCACCGUGUGCGACUGCCAUGGCCAUGUGAAGACCUGCCCCCAACCCUGGAAAGGCAACUUCAUCUUUCCCGUCUUGGGGGCUGUCCUGUUUCUGCUACUCCUCCUGCUGGUGCUCCUCUUAUUGGCGAGAAGGAAGCGGAAGGUCAAAGAGCCCCUUCUGCUCCCAGAAGAUGACACGCGUGACAAUGUUUUCUAUUAUGGUGAAGAGGGUGGUGGUGAAGAGGACCAGGAUUAUGAUAUCACCCAACUCCACCGGGGUCUAGAAGCCAGGCCUGAGGUAGUUCUUCGCAAUGAUGUUGCACCAACCUUCAUCCCCACACCCAUGUACCGGCCCCGGCCAGCCAACCCAGAUGAAAUCGGCAACUUCAUCAUUGAGAACCUGAAGGCAGCCAACACGGACCCUGCAGCCCCACCCUACGACUCCCUACUAGUGUUUGACUACGAGGGCAGCGGCUCUGACGCGGCCUCCCUGAGCUCCCUUACGUCCUCGGCCUCUGACCAAGACCAGGAUUACGAUUAUCUGAACGAGUGGGGCAGUCGCUUCAAGAAGCUGGCGGACAUGUACGGAGGUGGUGAGGAUGACUAGGCUGCCCUGCCAGGAACAAAAUGUCAGGCCAUAGCAGCCUCUCGAAGGGGUCUCAGUCCCCACUUAAGCCAAGGACUUCAGAGCUUGUCAAGAAGAGACCUGAGCAACUUGGAAGGAAGAGGAUGCAAGUCCGCCGUGAACAGGUUGGAUCUAAGCCCUUCAGUGUGGAAGGAUGUGGCAGACGGACUUCACUCCUGACCACCUCGCAGCCUGGGUCAGGGUUGCCUCAAGCUGAAUUUCCAGAUGUUUCUUUUCUGCCAUAAAGUGCUCAGCCCAGCGUCCUGGGCCUGGACCUACUCUGAUCUCCACGAUGUCUUUCUCUCUGGAAUGGACCCUUAUCUUAGAAAGAGGCCUCUUAUUGCACCCCAUUUUUUGUUUUAUUUUCGUGGUGCUUGGAAUUGAACCCAAGGCCUUGAGCAUGCUGGGCAAGAGCUCUCCUGCUGAGCUACACCCCCAGCCCCUGGGGUUUUGUUUUUGUUUUGUUUUAAUGCUGUUUUCAAGUCUUCCCAGUGUCCUCUCAGCCCUCCAGAAGAGCAGCCUGCCAGGUUUACUGCCCUCGUGUAUCCCUGAGGCCUCCCACUUGGAUGGAUCAUUGCAUUUUUAUACUGUGUGUGUCUAGGUUGUCCUGUAUUUUUUACUUUCCCUAUUGUGUGCUGUAGAAGGUGAUGACAAUCGUAUAAAUGUACUAGAACUGUUUUUUAUUAAAGGAACUUUUCCCAGA